AUGGAGAGACACCGUAAUUCAAUCAAGUUCGACCACCACUGGACAAAAGAGACGUUUGCGGGGCCCGGUGAUCUAGAUGCGGUUGGUAUCAUAUACAGUAUACAGGUGUGCGGCCCAUCAUCGAUACAAAAUCUGCCUUGGCCCGAAACAUGCAGGAUGUCGUUGGCUUCUAACACGCUGGUUACACGAAUCCCUCGCUGCACCCCGUAUAAUUCGACCUCUGAGUUGCAACACCUGCCUGCCUCUACGCAAACACCUUUAUUCCACAACCCCGUGACUGCACAUCUGGAAAAUGGGAAAUACCUACUUUUGAGCGGUGUCAAGUCAAUUUGGAUUCACUUAUGCUCCGUCUUUUCGAAUGCAUGGAAGAAGGUUUCAUCUCCUGAUGCAAUACCCGAUUCUAACCAAAAUGCCAACGUAAUUCCGCCUUCAGAGUCUCAAGGGGCGAUACCUCAUGCCAGUUCUACUGCAGAAGGUGACCGCCCUGUCUUCGAGGUAACGACGCACUCGCCGCCCAACCCGAGCAGUGCAGAAACAGCUCCAGAACCUCUGAGCUCAGAUUCAGAGGCUGAUACUAUGUUCCCAGCGCCUCAGGCCCAGGAGGACCUCACUUUCCCCGUAGUCACCAUUUCUGCCUUCACUGAAACGGGCCAACAGGAGUCGUCGAUCGAAGUUCCACUGCAACGAUCCUACACCGGUCGAAAGCCCGUAAUAUCAUCCUCCCUCGCCGACACUCCGUGCGCUACGCUCGGUGUCAUGGGCCUCUUAGAUCAACUGAACACCACCCUGAGAACGUCACAUACCCUGGACACUCCGUCCAUGUCCUCCACUCUCGAAGACUGCAUCAAGAACAACUACGACUUUGGUACUGCAUAUGGCCGUCUCCGCGCAGCAUGGGUCACCAAAGACUGGAAUGACUUCCCAGAUGGGCUAUGUACACGUAAAGCUCAGGACCAGAAGAGGCGACGAAAAGCACUUGUCGGUAACCGGAUUGUUAACCCGGAAUUGGAACCUCGACGGGUCUGGGAUCUAUACGCUAAUCGGGUGGUGCCAUGGUGGAGCAGCGACGCGUCUCUACCCAUGACCUCGUUAACUGCGAGUGUUCGGCCGGUAUCGCACGCGUGGAUGGACACGAAGGAUCGCGUCGACGUCUGGACGCCUAUCAAUGGGAAGGAAUGGCCCGUACCCAUCCCAAAAGAUGCCAGCCUUGACCGAAUCCGGAUCGAGAUGCUGAAUCUGGGAGCGGAAUACACGUGGUUGGAUGUCCUCUGUUUGGGACAGGAGGGUGGGCCAAGGGAGGACCUGCGUGCAGAAGAGUGGAAGAUCGAUGUACCCACUAUCGGAGUCGUGUAUGCGAACGCCAAAGUCGUGAUCUACCUAAGUGGGCUGGGGCGGCCUUUUACUUUGAACGACGGUGACUUGGACAGUGAUCGCUGUUGGUUUAGACGCGCUUGGACACUACAGGAGAUUGGCGAGGAGAGGAUCAUUGCCGGGGAUACACCUGAUGGACCGCUGCAUGCGAAACCAAUAGACAAGUAUGAGAACUAUGAUACUGAGAUACUGACUAGGUUUCACGAGCAGCUGCGGUCCAUCAGUGCUGUCUAUCAUCGGAAUUGGUGGCUGUCAGUCACCCCCAAGAUGUUUGAGGUCCUGUCAGAGAUGCAGAACCGAGUAUCCACCAAUCCUGUGGACAAAGUCGCGGGACUGGCAUUCCCUCUGGUCCCCAUAACGAUACCGGCAUACCGAGAGAGUGAAUCUCUCGAAGAUGCAUGGACGGAAUUGGUGAAUGCAAUGUCUGUGCGGAAUCGGGGCGAGCUGUUCUUCUGGUAUCAUGGACCAGGGGAUACAGGCACGAAGUGGAGACCGUCAUGGGAGCAGGUCAUGAAGAAGCCUCUGCCUGUGGGCCAGUACUACUCCGGGAUGGCAGUUCAUUGGGAUAGGGAGAUGAAUGAUAAUUGGUUUGAAGGGUCCUGCAUUGAAAAGGUAUUUGUGCGAGGGUUGGCCGCGGGAAGUGUGGAAAAGGUUAAGCGACGUGGCAAGCUGAUCAUUAAAGAUGCCAAUGGGGCGGAACAUACAUUUGACAUCAUUGCACGCCACAAGUUCCCAAUACCUGAAGACAUCUACACAUUGCUUGGUAUGGAUGUAUUUGGUCUCCGACUGAUUCCGAAACAAUGUUGGGUUGUCGGGCGAAGACUAUCUGACGAAAAGUUUGAGAAAAUGUCCGUGUUUGAAAUGGUUGAUGACGAGGUACGGAGGCUGAAGCGUCUGCGCAUUACUAAAGAGCAUCGGAACAUUCUUAUUUGA